AGUGCGGGGAGGCCCGUUGUCGCUUCUUUCUGAGUGGGCGGCGGUAGCGAGCGGCCAAGAGGGGGAGGUGGGUGCCCCGUCGCCGCCCUCGUUCCCGGGUCUUGGGCGGCCCUUCAGGUAGCGCCGACUUUCUUUCCUCUCACUAAAGAAGCGGCGGGAGCCGGAGCUUCGGCUGUCUGUUUUUUCUCAUGGGUCGCUCCCUUGCUCCGUCGAAGCGCGAGAGCCUGGGGAGAGAGAAGCCUGAGGGCUCCCGGUCCUUCUGGGUGGGGCGCGGGCAAGCCUGGGUGGGGGCUUCGCACCGCUUUUCCCCUUGAACGCGACAGGAGGCGGGAGGGAAGAAGGCGCUGCUUUCCUGCCUGCAGGGCUUCCCCUUAAGUUUCUUUGCCCGUCUCACGCCGCAUCUGGCGUUGAGGAACCCACCCGGGCGGGAUCCCGUUCUCCUUCCCGUACGCUUCGGCGCAGGAGCAAGAAACUUCUUCCAGCCGAGCCUUGAUCCAAGAUUUAUGGGCUGUGGGAGUCGAGCGAUUCGCCGUCUAAGCAGUUCGCCCUCUCGCCGUCCCUGCUCUUGCCGCCCGGGUAGCUGCGCGUCUUGGCCGUAGAGUCAACAUCAUCAUGAAGGCUGACAGAUGACGAUGAACGGAGGCUUUUGAAAGAGAGACUCUGGGUGCCUGUUCAAAUCAUGGCUGCUGACCGAGAUGGAGAAGCGAGGUGGGACGGGCUGUGCAGCAGGGAUGCCGGGGCCAGAGACGUCGCCCUGGAAAAUGUCAGGCAAGUGGUCCUGAAAAGAAGUGAAGCCAUGGUUCUUCUCAGAGAAAAACCGGCGCCUCCAGCGGCAGAAGGGCUCUUGCCUUCCGUUCAGGGGGCUCCAGGGGGGCUAAACGAGAUGCUGGCUCGCCUGCUGAUGUUGUCCAAGAGAUGCCCCUUCAGAGACGUGAGGGAGAAAAGUGAGGCCAUUCUGAGGAAUGUUCAGGAACUUGGAGUUAGGAUUCCUAGACCACUGGGACAAGGACCAAGCAGAUUCAUCCCAGAGAUGGAGAUUCUUCAAGUGAGCACUGAAGAUACCCAAAUGCAUACUUUAUUUGCAGAGUCUUUCACAACUUUAGGGCGUUUGGACAACAUUACCUUAGUGAUGGUUUUCCACCCGCAAUAUCUAGAGAGUUUUUUAAAAACUCAGCAUUAUCUGUUGCAGAUGGAUGGGCCGCUGCCUCUUCAUUAUCGACACUACAUAGGUAUCAUGGCAGCAGCUAGGCACCAGUGCUCUUACUUGGUUAAUCUGCAUGUCAGUGACUUUCUUCAUGUUGGGGGAGACCCUAAGUGGCUGAACGGUCUAGAGAAUGCACCUCAGAAACUGCAGAAUUUGAGUGAAUUGAACAAAAUCUUGGCACACAGACCGUGGCUUAUUACCAAGGAACAUAUUGAACAACUUUUAAAGACUGAAGAGCAUAGCUGGUCACUGGCAGAACUGAUCCAUGCUGUAGUUCUUCUUACACACUACCAUUCUCUUGCCUCCUUCACAUUUGGCUGUGGAAUCAACCCAGAGAUUCAUUGUGAGGGUGGUCAUACCUUCAGACCUCCCUCAGUCAGUGACUACUGCAUUUGUGAUAUUACAAAUGGAAACCAAGGAGUGUGUGAGAUGCAAGGCCCUGUUAGAAAUCUUACAACUACAGAGCCUUUCUGUGAAGUGGAAGCGCUUAUGGAAAAAAUGAAGCAACUACAGGAAUGUAGAGAUGAAGCUAAAGCCAGCAAAGAAGAAAAGGCCACUCGUUUUGAGAAAGAGAAGAGAGAGAGCAUGUUGGUCUGUUGCUCAGAGGAUGAAGAAACGGCACCAACAAGAGAUGUGUCUCGCCACUUUGAGGAUACCAGUUAUGGUUAUAAGGAUUUCUCCAGGCAUGGAAUGCAUGUGCCUACAUUGCAUGCUCAGGACUAUUCAUGGGAGGACCAUGGCUAUUCACUGGUAAAUCGCCUGUACCCAGACGUGGGGCAGUUGAUAGAUGAGAAGUUUCAUAUUGCCUACGACCUGACUUACAACACAAUGGCCAUGCAUAAAGAUGUGGAUACCUCAAUGCUUAGACGUGCAAUUUGGAAUUAUAUCCACUGUAUGUUUGGAAUAAGAUAUGAUGAUUAUGAUUAUGGUGAAAUUAACCAGCUACUGGACCGCAGCUUUAAAGUUUACAUCAAAACUGUAGUUUGUAUGCCUGAAAAGACCACAAAAAGAAUGUAUGAUAGCUUCUGGAGGCAAUUCAAACACUCUGAGAAGGUUCAUGUCAAUUUGCUUCUCAUAGAAGCGCGGAUGCAAGCUGAACUGCUUUAUGCUCUGAGAGCCAUUACUCGCUACAUGACCUGAAAUCUUGGUUAACAGUGAUGGAAGGUGCAGCCUAUCUUACCUACCAGAGGCUUUUAACAGGCUUCUGAAUCAGUGGUGGCUAAACGCUAUGAGAGCCAUCGUGCCAUAACUCCUUUAGUUUCAACUGGUCUCUUGACAGAAUGACACUGCUGCUGUUGCUGAAUGUGGUGGAAGGGGAACACUGUAUAGACAUGCUCCCUGAUCACUACAGCCUUGCCUUCUGAUAGCACAGGAAAGGAAACCUUGAUUUGUGGCAGCAAAGUAGUUAAUUAUGCAGGUCUUGUAUUGUGGCAAGCAGAUAACAAAAUCUGGAGCAUAAGACGAACUUAAGAGGACUUCUGCUUUUGAUACAAGAAUGAUUUUAGUAAUAUACGGAUGCUGCUGCAUUUGCUGCUGGAAUGAAGAGACUAGGAAUUCCAAUUAAGCUAUAAAUGAACGCAAGUACUGCUAUUGUCUGAGCCUACGUUUGAUAUCGUUUUAGAUAAAGUCCUUGCUCAUAAUCCAAAAUUGAACUGUAUGCCAUUCUAACAGUUAUAAUUGCAACAGGACCUCUCUUAAACACUGUUGCUUAUUGUUUAAAAUAUGCUAGUGGCUUCGUCUUGUUCACAGGGGUGUGUUAAUUCAAGAGUGAGAAGGGAUGGGAAGUUUUAAAGCUGCUUCGUCUGCAACUAUUUGCUAAAUACUUGGGAAUGAGGGUGAGCACAGUUCUUCUCUUCCUUUUGUUCCUAAGAGCUAACUAAGGUAUAGGAAUGUGAUUUCAGACUAUCAAACAACCCCUCACUACAUUGCUUACUCAUGGUUAUGGUCUGUCACUUAACAACUUAAGUAGGAAAAUGGUAUAAAAUAUUAACUGCAAGUUUGGUAUACAGCUGGUUUUGGAUACUUUUUGUAUGAGCGUGAACUGCUUCUGAAAUCUCUCAGUAUUACUGAAUUGUUAAAUAAACCUUUUCCCUCUUCUA